AUGUCCGAGUCUACGAUGCAACAGCGGCGCGAUGAGAUUCUCGCAAAGAAGGCGAAACUCGCAGAGCUGAAGCGCCAGCGCGAGUUGAGGAAGCAAGACGAAGACCUCGAGAAGCGAUCAAACGACGUCAACCUCCUCAUCAAUAGCCUCAUUGGGGAGAGCCGACCUGGUUCCGCACAACCUGGCUCCCCAGCUGGCGCAGGACGACCGACACGCCCAACCUCGAUAGUGAGCGCAGGCCAGCUGAGCAGCGACAAUGAGGGCCCCUCGAAUCACUCGAUAAGCAGCAUGGUGGACAGGGAGAUGCAGACGCUGUCAAUAGGCCCGCUAGCGACCGUCUACGAGUACGACGGCCAGGUCACCGACGAGGUCAAGAAGGAGAAGGAGGUCAUCACAUACAGCAAAGGAGUGCAGGCAAGCAUAGAAUGGACGCCCAUGAAGUCGCGGAGUGCCGGAGCAGGAGCCAGCGACUCAGAGCGCGACGAGAGCCCCACGCGGUCACCGAAGAGCAAGAGACUGAGUCGGAGGCAGAAGGAGAGGGACGAGGAGAUCCGGACGCAGCUGCGAAGGGAGAUUGAGGAGGAGCUCAAAGUCGCGCAACAAGCGGCGCAGGAUGGCAUCAUACCCUCGACUUCAGAGGAGAACUUUCCGUUCAAGACGCUGUCGAACGAGGAGCUGACGGCGGUGGAGAACUCGGACGAGUUCAUUGGAUUCGUCGAGCGGAGCACAAAGGUGCUGGAGAGGGCGCUGGACCAGCAGCUCGACUACGACAUCCUCGCAGACUAUGCGCUCGGCGGCGUAGAUGUCGAUGAAGAAGAUGAAGGCUACGGCUCGACUGGAGGCAAGAGGGGCAGGCGGAUAAAGGAGAUUGCACAGUUCUGGGACGAGCGGUGGAGCAAGAAGAGGAUGAUAUCAGAUCUGGAUUUCUCUACCAAGUUUCCGGAACUCGUCCUCGCAUCGUAUACCAAGAACCCAUCCGCUCCUCACGACCCAGAUGGACUCAUUCAGGUCUGGAAUAUGCACAUGCAUGACCGUCCUGAAUGGAUCUUCCACGCCCAGUCCGACAUCAUUACUGCCAAAUUCUCGCCCUUCCACCCAAACCUCAUCAUUGGCGGUGCAUACUCGGGCCAGGUCUUGAUAUGGGACACUCGAGCGGGCGCUACAUCAGUGCAGAAGACGCCGCUCACUGGCUCAGGGCACACGCAUCCCGUCUACUCGAUCGACGUGGUCGGUACGCAGAACGCGAACAACAUCAUCUCAUGUUCGACGGAUGGCGUGGUCUGCGGCUGGACAGUGGACAUGCUCUCACAGCCACAAGAGUUCCUCGAACUUACCUCACCACCCCCAGCAAAGACAGACGACAUGGCAGUCACCUGCAUCGCCUUCCCGCAGUCCGACCCCACAUACUUUCUCGCCGGCACAGAAGAAGGCUCCAUCUACCCAUGCCAUCGCUACGACCGCGCAGGCGCCAAAGCCGGUGUCGACGGCCGCGUCAAAUACGGCGGCCACGCCGCGCCCGUCAUGUCCCUCGACUUUCACCCCGCCAAAGGCCAGCUCGAUCUCGGCGACCUGGUCCUCUCCUCCAGCGUCGACUGGAGCGUCAAGCUCUGGAAAGUGCGCCCGCCCGCCGCAACCGGCGCCUCCAACACCACGCUCGCAUCCGGCACCGCGCAACAAGUCACUCCCGUGCUGGACAUUGCGCGCGAAGACCUCGUCUAUGAUGCGCGCUGGUCGCCCACGAAACCCUCCGUCUUCGCGCUUGUCGACGGCGCCGGGUCCCUCGAGGUCUGGGACAUCAACGUCGACGUCGAAGUCCCCGUGCAGUCGAUCAAGCCGAGCGACGGCAAGCGCGGCGCGUUCGCGAGCAUGCCAUCGGGCCUGGGGUAUAUGAACCGCAGUCUGAACAAGUUGGCGUGGGAGAAGAAUGAGGGGCGCAGAGUUGCGGUGGGGGGUAUGGAUGGCGUUGUUACGGUCUUUGAGGUCGGGAGUGAUUUGGGCGGUGUGGAGACGAGGGGGGAGGAGUGGAGUGCGGUUAAGAGGUUGGUGGGGAGGUUGGAGGGCGUGGGGGAGAAUGGGAAGUAG